AUGUUGGUGCUGAGACAGGUGGGGCAGGAGCGUCCUGAGAUUGCCCUGUCCUCGGGGAAGGUCAGGCUAAGCACACUUGUGAAGUCACCUGACCGGAGAGCAACCCAGAGCAAGAAGCAAACAGAGCUCACGGAAGCUGUGGGAAGAUGGGCAAAGAUGAAAGCCCCCAGAGUAUUUUGCUGCCACAGAGCACCCCAGAGAGGCAGAAGUAAGUACAUCCAACAUGGAGAUGUACUUGCAGACGCAGAGGCUCUCUAUGAGACGUCCGCCAGCAAGGGUCUGAUCAACGACCACACAGCAGGCGUGAGGCACCUGCGUGCCCUGGUGAAACACACGUCGGGCAAGCGCGCCUUGAGCGAGCACACACUGGGCGAGCACACUGUGGCCAUUGAUCAGACACCCAGCGAUUUGUCAGCUGAGCAGUCCACUGAGAAGCCAAAGGCUGAGCAGUCUUCCAUCGAGCCGGCUGUGAGCGAACCAUCUUCUUCGGGUGACACACCAGCCAGUGGGGAACAGGCUUCAGGAGAAAAGAAUUCUGCUGAAAAGCCUUCUGGGGACAAGCCACCUGGGGACAAACCUCCUGGGGACAAGCCUUCUGGGGACAAGCCUUCUGGGGACAAGCCACCUGGGGACAAGCCUCCUGGGGACAAGCCUUCUAGCGACAAGCCUUCUAGCGACAAGCCUUCUGGGGACCAGGCCCCUGGAGACAAAGGUGGGGCUGAAACAACUACAGUCAGCUCUACUGUAACGAACCCAGUGUUAAACUGUCACAUAUGCUCUUACAUGAACGAUCAGAAGAAAUGUCUUCAUGGAGAGGGCGUGUGCACCACCCAGAAAUCUCAACAGUGCAUGUUGAAGAAGAUCUUUGAAGGUGGAAAACUCCAGUAUAUGGUUCAGGCGUGCGAAAACAUGUGCCCCUCCAUGAACCUCUUCUCCCAUGGGACCAGGAUGCAAAUCACGUGCUGUCACCACCAGUCUUUCUGCAACAAGGUCUAG